UGUAUAUAAGAGCUGAUGUUUGUUUUGUCCAACAUCUCCACACAGGACGUCCCAAGAACUUCUGCACCAGGUCACCUUCUGAAUCAUCUCCAGCAUGAAGACCCUGACUUAUGUGUGUCUGCUGAUUUGUGUCAUGAUGACUCUGAGUGGAGCUGCUGAUCUUCCAGAAGGAGAGCAGCUAAAAGAACUUCAAAAGGAGGUCCGAGUCAAGAGGUCAUCAUCUUGUCCCAGUGGUUGGUAUAAGAUCAGUGGUCGCUGUUUCCGUUAUGUCCCUCGGGCCAUGACCUGGGCUCGAGCAGAGAGAAACUGUUUGCACAUGGGUGGACAUCUCACAUCAGUUAACAGUGAUGACGAGUAUCAUGACAUUCAGAACAUGAUCAAAAAGAUCACGUAUCAGAACAGUGAGGCGUGGCUCGGAGGAUCAGACGCUCAGGAAGAGGGGCUCUGGUUUUGGAGUGAUGGAAAGUCUUUCGGGUAUAACAGCUGGUGUCCAGGAGAGCCGAAUAAUCACGGCAAUCAACACUGUUUAGCAAUUAAUCAUUCAGGCCAAAAAUGCUGGGAUGAUCGAAAAUGUGAAGAAAAGCAUCCAUCUGUCUGUGCUAAAACCUACAAACGAUUUAGGGGUCUGAUCAGCCAGCUGAACCAGCCGAGCAUCCUCUGUCACUUGUUUUGCCGGACACCAACAGUAGUGGGGGUGGAGCUUGGCAAAAGAGAAAUGAACGCAGGUCCAAGCCUGACAGAGAGGAACCCCAGCAGCCGGUUGCGGAGGCAGCUGAACCUCCAUCGAGGCUAUCACUUGGGCCAGAAGCAGCACUGUGCUUCCCAGCAGGAGGCAGCACUGUGCUUCCCGGUGGGGCUAUCCAUAAAUGCUGGGAAGGGGGAAGUGGGGUGUGUUAACCCAUAUGCUUUGUCUGACAGAAAUGAUAUCAAUGGGGAGCUGUCUGCUUCUACAUCAGAGGACGUCUCCGGGGAACUGUCUGCACCCACAGCUGAUGUCAACAGGGAGCCUCCUGCCCCCGCGACCGAGGACGUCAAUGGGGAGCCUCUGGUCUCUGCUCCCAAAGACAUCGGUGGGGUGGGGCUGGAAGUCCCCAUUCCUCUCACAGUGAAGAACACUGGUGGGCCAUGUGGCUGCCCUGCUGACUCAGGAGUUCAGAGAGUCACAUGGUGCACUUCUGCCCCCAUCGUGAUGAGCCAGUCUCCUUUCAUGGUGCACCUUUCCUGUCAGUCAAGGAAUCAACCUCCUGUCUCUCCAACGAACUCCUGCCAGCCAUGGAGCUGGACCUCCAUCUCUCCAGUGGCCUCCAGUCAGUCCUCUACCCGAACACCUUUAUGUCAGGUCCUUCAGUCAUCUGGGGCCAAUCUGGGCUUGGGCAUCGGCUAUAUACCUGGCCAGCUGUCAGCGCCCACCUUCGUUGGUGGCCAGAUGUUUCAGCCUUUUCGUCAUCAUGUUUUGGGUACCCCUAUCUUUCAGGACAGUUCUCAGUGGUUUUGCGAUCUUCCAGAAGGAGAGCAGCUAAACGAACCUCAAGAGGAGGUCCGAGUCAAGAGGUCAUCAUCUUGUCCCCGUGGUUGGUCAGAGAUCAGUGGUCACUGUUUCAGCUAUGUCGCUAAGCCCUUGACCUGGAAAAAUGCAGAGAGGAACUGUAUGUCCAUGGGUGGACAUCUCGCAUCAGUCCACAGCUAUGCCGAGUAUCUUGACAUUCAGAACUUGAUCAUCAAGGUCACACGACAGCCCAGUCAGCCGUGGCUCGGAGGAUCGGAAACAUACGAAGAGGGACACUGGCUUUGGAGUGAUGGAACACCUUUCGGGUAUAACAACUGGUGUCCAGGAGAGCCGAAUAAUGGUGUGUUUUUUUCUCAGUACAGUCAGGACUGUUUGCAAAUGAAUCAUUCAGCUCAAAAAUGCUGGGAUGAUGACCACUGUUUCCACAUUCGUCCGUCCAUCUGUGCUAAACCCCCAACUGAUUAGUUGGUCUGAUCUGAGUUGUGAAGCUUCAUGUGUUUGUGUCGUAUGUUGGGUGGAGGCUCCAUAUGUCAUGACACAUCUUUAUUUCUUUGCUGUAUCUGUAACGCUGCUUCAGGGAGGAAAAGACACGUUAGCCUGAGCUGGAUGCAAAGGCUGGGAUGAAAUGGGCACAUGGAAUGGUUACGAAAAGACGCUUUUACUGCAAACUUUACGCUGAAAUGUGAAAUUUAUAACACAAAUUAAAAAGCUUUAAACAUUGAAAAAA